UCUUCUUUUCUUUUAAUUAUUUUCAUUUUACAUACAAUCCUUUCAUUGUCUUUCUUUUAUUUUAUUUUUUCUUUUUAUCAAUAAAAAAAAAGGGAAAACAAAAAAAAAGACCCCAAAUACUCUCCCUCAUACAAUCGCUUUAUAUAUUCCUUUUGAAGAAAAACUCAUUUUAAACUUUUCGAUAAAGAUUUAAAAGAAAAAAAAAGUUUUAUUAUUUCAUUAUCUGAUUUCUCGCUGAUUCUAUAUCAUGUAUUCCUAUCAAACUUCUACUGCUGCUAUUGCUCCUCCUUCUACCUUUGAUUUAGCAUCUACUACUGCUACUAAUACUACUACUACAUCAAAUACUAGUCAUUUAGCAACAAACCCAUCUGACAUGGAAUUUGAUCGUUGCUUGAAUCAUAAUUAUCAACGUCAUGACAGUAUCGAUUACAGUCGUAGACCUAGUUAUUUUACUGGCUUAUUAACUACCCCUCAAAGUGAAACUAGUUAUUCAGAUCAUGAGCAGCAGCCAUUACAUAGUCCUUUUAAUGGUUAUGAUGAUUAUCAAUAUCGUCAUCCUCUUGAUAAUUCUGCUACCAAACGUCGUAUGAGUACAUUGAUCGAACUUCCUCAAAUUGGUAAUGGCUUUGAACCUCAUCCAUAUUAUCAUCAUCAUCAUCAACAUCAUCAUCAUCAUCCUUAUUCUCCUUAUCAUCACUCAGCUGAACUCGGAUAUCCUACUACUGUCGUAAAUCCUUGGUUAGCUGCUACCAUUUCACCUAAUUCAUCUACUACAACUCAUAGUAGUGCAUCAUCAACAAGUCCAUCACGUAUGUCAUCUUCUCCCAUGAUGUACUCUGCUACAGCAUCAAAUAUCGAUAUCUAUCCUUCAUCUACUUAUCAUCCUGCAUUUGAUCAACAACAAGGUUUUCAUUCUCUUAUGAAUCAUGAUACGUCUCAUAAUAACUUUCGUGAUCGUGCUGCUUCUGCUUCUUCUUCUUUUUCAACUGAUAGUUCUUCUGCCUCCAUCAGUACUUCCCCUCCUCCUCCUUCUUCUCUUCCUCCUCCUCCUCCUCCUUCUUCUUCUCCUUCCAGUAGACGUACAAGUAAAGUGAAUACUAAACUUAAAUCCCCUCGUUCCCGUGGUCGUCGUGUGUCAAAUAGUCCUACUGUGGCUGGUCAAAAGGUUUUUACAUGUAGACACGAUGAAUGUGGAAAAGUAUUUAAAAGGUCAGAACAUUUAAAAAGACAUAUUCGUUCCAUUCAUACUUUGGAAAAGCCUUUUGAAUGUCCUUAUCAAACUUGUUCAAAAAGGUUUUCUCGUUCGGAUAACUUGAAUCAACACAUUCGUAUUCAUCGUCACACAGGAAAAGACAAAAAUAAUCAUCAAAAUAACAACAAUCGUGAUAGUAAUGCUUCUUCCAAUAACAGAAGUAACUCUUUCAGCAAUUAUAUGCCAAAUUAUUAAACUAGAGUCUAUUACUGUCUUGUUUUGAAGUCCUUAAACAGCUUUUUUUUUUCAUUUCAUUCUCCCCUUCUUCGUAUUUCAUUUCCUUAUAUCCUCUAUUCUCCAAAACUAUAAGUUCCCCUCUUCCCCCAUUUUUUUUUUUUUUUUUACUUCCCUGCAUAUUGUUUUUAUUUAUUACUGUUUAUAAUAUAUCUCUUUAUCUUUUUAAUAUCUAUAUUUAUUUAUUUAUAUAUAAAGGGAAUAUUCAUUUCUGUGCAUGCGUAUAUUCUAUGUUCCUUUUUCUUUUCUUUUACAUACAUGAUUAAAUAAAAUACGUUAACUU